GAACAUCAAAAACUGAUUGCUUAACCAGAAUGUAAGUACUUUCCAAAGAAAAUUUGUUGGUGAGGUGAAACGAUGUGAAGAAUUAGAGCGAAUAUUGGGAGCAAUUGCAGAAGCUCGAGGUUGAACUGAGAGAAGUCACCAAGAACAAGGAGAAGCUGAGGAAAAACCUCCUGGAGCUGAUCGAGUACACGCACAUGCUGAGGGUGACCAAGACCUUCGUUAGACGCAACGUGGAGUUUGAACCCACAUACGAAGAAUUCCCUCCCUUAGAGAAUGAGUCGUUGUUGGACUACAGCUGUAUGCAGCGGCUGGGGGCCAAACUGGGGUUUGUGUCUGGCCUGAUUCACCAAGGAAAAGUGGAAGCAUUUGAGAAAAUGUUGUGGCGGGUCUGCAAAGGGUACACCAUCGUGACCUACGCAGAACUGGAUGAACCCCUCGAAGACCCUGAAACCGGGGAGGUCAUAAAGUGGUAUGUGUUCCUAAUAUCCUUUUGGGGAGAGCAGAUUGGCCACAAGGUCAAGAAGAUAUGCGACUGUUACCACUGCCAUGUGUACCCCUACCCGAGCACCGCCGAGGAGCGCAAGGAGAUCCAGGAGGGGCUCAAUACCCGCAUCCAGGACCUCUACACCGUGCUGCACAAGACUGAGGACUACCUGCGACAGGUGCUGUGCAAAGCUGCUGAGUCUGUCUACAGCCGCGUGGUGCAGGUGAAGAAGAUGAAGGCCAUUUAUCACAUGCUGAACAUGUGCAGCUUCGACGUGACCAACAAGUGUCUGAUCGCCGAGGUCUGGUGCCCUGAGGCUGACCUGCAGGCCCUGCGCCGGGCACUGGAGGAUGGGUCGCGAGAGAGUGGUGCUACGAUCCCCUCAUUUAUGAACACCAUCCCGACGAAAGAAACACCCCCAACGCUGAUUCGCACUAACAAGUUCACUGAGGGAUUCCAGAACAUCGUGGAUGCCUACGGUGUGGGGAGCUACCGUGAGGUCAACCCAGCGCUCUUCACCAUCAUCACGUUCCCCUUCUUGUUUGCUGUGAUGUUUGGAGACUUCGGACAUGGCUUUGUGAUGUUCCUCUUUGCCCUCUUGUUGGUGUUGAAUGAAAACCACCCCAGCCUGAACCAGUCCCAAGAGAUCAUGCGGAUGUUCUUCAAUGGCCGCUAUAUCCUCCUGCUGAUGGGGCUCUUCUCCGUGUACACUGGCCUCAUAUACAACGACUGCUUUUCUAAGUCGGUCAACCUUUUCGGCUCAGGAUGGAACGUGUCUGCCAUGUACAGCUCCAGCCAUGCCCCAGGGGAGCGGGAAAAGAUGGUGCUCUGGAACGACAGUGUGGUCAGGCACAACAGGGUCCUGCAACUGGACCCCAGCAUCCCCGGAGUCUUCCAAGGCCCCUAUCCUCUGGGGAUUGACCCGAUUUGGAACUUGGCCACAAACCGCCUCACUUUUCUAAAUUCUUUCAAAAUGAAAAUGUCUGUGAUUUUAGGAAUUAUUCACAUGACUUUUGGCGUCACUCUGGGAAUAUUUAACCACUUGCACUUCAGGAAGAAGUUCAAUAUUUAUUUGGUUUCCAUCCCAGAGCUGCUCUUCAUGCUUUGCAUCUUCGGCUACCUUAUAUUUAUGAUUGUCUACAAGUGGCUGGUCUACUCGGCAGAAACCUCCAGAGUCGCUCCCAGCAUUCUGAUUGAGUUUAUUAACAUGUUUUUGUUCCCAGCCAGUGAAACCAGCGGUCUUUACAGAGGGCAGGAACAUGUGCAGAGGCUGCUGCUGGCUGUCACUGCCCUGUCUGUCCCCGUCCUCUUCUUGGGAAAACCACUCUUCCUCCUGUGGCUGCACAACGGGCGCAGCUGCUUCGGGGUCAGCAGGAGUGGCUACACGCUUGUGAGGAAAGACAGUGAGGAAGAAGUUUCCUUGCUGGGCAGCCAAGACAUCGAGGAGGGAAACAACCAGGUGGAAGAUGGAUGUAGGGAGGUCACGUGCGAAGAGUUCAACUUUGGAGAAAUACUGAUGACCCAAGUCAUUCACUCCAUUGAGUACUGCCUGGGCUGCAUCUCCAACACUGCUUCAUACCUGCGCCUCUGGGCCCUCAGCCUGGCUCAUGCACAGCUGUCCGACGUCCUGUGGGCCAUGCUGAUGCGGGUGGGCCUCCGCGUGGACACCACCUACGGGGUCCUGCUACUGCUUCCCGUCAUCGCGCUCUUUGCAGUUCUGACAAUUUUCAUCCUUUUGAUCAUGGAAGGGCUUUCUGCAUUUCUUCAUGCCAUCCGUCUCCAUUGGGUAGAGUUUCAGAACAAAUUCUAUGUUGGUGCAGGCACCAAGUUUGUUCCUUUCUCAUUCAGUCUGCUUUCAUCAAAGCUCAGUGGUGAUGACAUGGCAUGAGCAUAUUGCUGGAACCAACAAGCUCUCAGAUUUGUGGAGAAUUAUCAUGUUCUAGAAUUUCACUAUGUCAGAUUUAUGAUUGGAAAAAUUCUGUCUUCAUUGAUUGCCUUAUGAUAUAGCCAAAUAAUUCUGUAAGAUAUACCUCUUCCUCUUGUUAAAUAUUUUGUAAAGUUUGUCAAUUUCAGAUAUAUAAAUUUCAGUUUUUAUGAUGAGCAAUUAUAAGUUGAUCCCAAAGGUUAUGUUAAAAAUGUUUUUAAAAAAUACAGGCGUCGUGGAGAGAAGCCAAGUUUGAAAGGCUCAUCAGAAAUGAUCUUAGGUACCCGAUUCCUUCUCACUUUAUUAAAGAAAAAAAACGUUAUUCUGUCACUUAAGUUGUCAGAAGAUAUUUUCCAACAGCUGGUUUAGUUUUUUGAAAAAUUGAAUUUUAGUAAUCAGGAGAUUCACAGAUCAUCUGCUUUAUUGAAAGUUUGCAACUGUAUUUUUAUCACAAGCUACUAGAAUUGCAAGUAGAGAACUUUCUACAGCUUUGUUUUAAUAAUUGGGGAAAAUGGGACAAAAUGAUACUCAGCAAAUGAUUAUCCCACUGAUCUGUUUUUUUAAAGACUCAUACUCUGUUAUGCUGACAUAAAGCCAGUUGUGAUAACUGUGUGUCUGAAAAGCUAGGCUGAGUGCUUGGCCUUCACACCCAGCGUGACUGUGGGUGAGAUGGUAUGGAUUCAUUUUGAACUUAUGACCCAUGUGACCAAUGUUACUGAUGUAGAGGGUUUUUUUUUUUUAACUCACUGAAGGAAAAGUUAAAAAAUAGUAGUAUUUUGUAUAUUUUUAUAAGGAAAUAUAAAUUAAGCUAUUUUACCAUGAAGAGAUUGCACCUAUCCUUGAGAAUAGUAUAAUUUUUUACUCUCAGACUAAUUCUAAAUACAGGUCUGGUUGACAAAGGCAUUUAAUUUAAACUUUCAAACACUAGAUCAGUCGAACUAAUUCUUACUAAGUCAUUAAUUUAUAAUCUGCUUAAAUUCAUGUGUUCACUUGGCCUUUUAGUUUGGAUGAACUUUAGGCAGUCUUAUUGGACACUUUGGUCUGUGUUCUUGUAAAUUAUGUUUAUUUUCCAUAUUUUAUCUUAAUCGAUUUUAGAUAAUUAUUUUCAAAAAGAAAUCUAUAGUAUUUUCACUUACUAUCUUGAUAAAGACACAUGAACAGGCCCACUUGACCAGCUCCCUUCCCUGACUGCUGGUGGAGGGCUGGGCCUUCCCCGCCCUGGGCACUGAAGCUCAGCCCGUGUUUCAAGGUGAUGUCAAAACGUGUUUGCUGAGUAAGAGGCAUGAUCCCAGAGAUUGUGACUAGAGCAUCAGACCUUUCCCAUUGUGGCCAGAAUCCCAAGCUGUUCCUUUGUGAGAUGGCACCCAGAACCCCUUUGGGUUUCUGGUGUCUGUUCCUCAUGCUAAAAUAGCAAACAUGAAAUGAUGCUGCUGUGACUUGGAAAUUCUACUUUUCAAGCUCAGAAAGGUGCCACCAUGUUGGGCAACGUAUUGCAUGAAGGGGAAGCCCAAGUACCCCUUUUAACCAGGCUUUACCCACUACUUUCCGCUCAAGGCUGGAGUCCCCACCUGUGCCAUUUCCACUGCUUUGCUCCAAGAAUCUGUUGUGAUGAUGUGGGAAUUGCCUGGGAGCCCCGAGAUGUCAGGGCACCUACCUGAGACAGACGACCAGUUGGAACGUGACUGCCCCCACUGGUCAUCAUGGGGCUUCUUGUCAUCUUAGUCAAGAUUUCUUUCCAGGAUGUAGACCAGAGCAGACCAUGUCGAAGUUGACUAUGACAUAGUUAUGUAAAUGUAGUUAUAUACAAAAGUUAUUAGCACUCCCUAGCCUUUGUGGAAGUAUGCUACAGUUUGAUGGUGUCUUAUAAGCCCCAGGAGAAAUAUUUCUUCUUUAUAAUGUACUCGUUCCAGUGUGCCAAAGCACCUGUUCUGCUUUAUUUUAAAUUAAUUAGCAGAACUUUCUCAUGAGUCCUUUUUAUUCCCUUCAUUGGCCAGAGGCGAACCGCCAGUUGAGGCUCAAUAUCUGUUUCUUUCCAAAGACCAAUGGCUGCGUUUCCCAGUUUUCAUCCCAUGUGUUAACAGAGUCCUGAAAUUAAAAUUUUAGAAACCAAGGGGUUUCUUCAGUGAGAGAGGAUUUGAUUUCAUCCUGUGCAGGCCAGGAGUGUGGCUCUGGCCACACAGUUGUGAUCAGUCAAGGAGGUGUCCUGGAGGGCCAGGGGCUCUGGGGCCUGGCAGUGUGGGUAGGACUUCGAAAAGACUGAUGACCCCCACAUGCACUCUCCUCACCUCUGGGAAGGGUGCAGAUCCCAUCACUCUGGCCCCACUCUCCCACCUGCAGCAGACAUAGAUUAUAAUGCAGGUAACUCUCGGAAGUUUAUGAAUUAAAUACUUUUAGAGCCUGAUUCAUUUUUGGAAGACAAAUACCUACAGCUGUUCUGCAGUCUGAAUUGAAAACCAGUACACUUAUUACCAAUUCAAAGCCAGGCUUGUUGUAUGCCCUCUGGUGUAUCUCCAGGAAGGCGCUAAGACGUCUCCCUUCAAAAUGAGGAGAGCAAGGCAGCGUGGAGGAAGUGUCCAGCAGCGAAGCCACUGAUGCUGAGCCUUGGUCUAGGAUUUUAAGACAAACGGAAACCACUUGUUCCUUGAUGGGAAAAAUCCAACAAGAAUGGCCGGUUUUUAGGAUCAGCCUUGGGAGCCCAGGCCCUGGACUCUUGGGGAAAUGACAGUGACAAAUUAGAAAAACAUGCAUGAAAGGACAAAUUUGCAUCUUCCGACAGUAUUGACCGUUAUUUUACUAAUGAAAAAUAAA